AGCACUCUGCUAUUCCUAGAGAAAACCAAUAGAUUUCUAAGAAGGAAAAGCAAUCAACUGGACUUGACUCAUCAGAGAUCUCAGAUCAGAAUCAUGGAUUCAAGAAGGGUUCUUCUGAUGCUCAUCUGGUUGACAACAUCUUCAUGCCAGCUCUGGAGGACAUCUGGAAUGACAGAUAGGCGGCAACCCCCCCCUGCUGCUUCCUUUCUGGAACAACUCCUGAAGAUUGGUGGGAGAGUAGAUGGUAGAGCCACUCGGGAAUCUGAUCUGGGAUUAGAGGAAAGACCCUCCACAUGGGCACAAUUGGCGCAAGAAAGAGAUCAACUGAACUUGCUUAGAAGCAGCUCUGUCCCCGGACACCGUGUGCCCCGACAGCUACUAGCUUCAGGUCCUGCCCGUGGAUGCCAUCUUGGCACUUGCCAGCUCCAGAACCUGGCCAAUCUACUUUACCGUUAUGGGGGCAAUAACCAAAAAGAAGAAUCCCACAAAAACAACAAGGGAACAAAUGAUCCCAUGGGCUAUGGGCGUAGGAAACGCAGGGCAGCCGGCCAUGGAGUAUCCAGUCCCACUUAAAAGACGUUCUGAGAGAAAGAUGGGCACUCACAUGAAUCAGGUUCUGGACACCUGCAAAGUUCAGAGAAACAGGCUGGAUGAUCCCAGCGCUCAGAGGCCAUGCUACAAAACAGCAGCGGACAUUCUGGGUGAAUAUGACCAUCAUCUAAGAUGUAGGAUGGUAACUUUCUUCUGCCUUUUAACCUCCAUCUCAGUUUAGAUUUGGUUCCUUGUGUCUUCCUGAAAUUUAAAAAGCAGGCAGUCUUCAGAGAGACUGCCCCUUUCUGAUCUGGCCUGAGCUGUUCUGGUAGAGUGGAGUUACAUCAUCAGAUCCCAUCAAGAGCCCGUUGGGGCAUAGAAUUCACAUGAAUAUGCUCCAAUAAGCCACAGAGGCAGGUAGAAAAGGGGUCUGAAAUCUCCAGAAAGAUACUGAAACAGCAUGACUUGUUUCUGGAAAGGAGAAAUUGAUAUUACCGCCAUGUUAGCACUGUGGACAGGGGAGGGGGUUAAAUCAAACAAUUCCUCUGGGGCAUUUCUGUCUUGUUGGAUUCUGUGUUUCAUCUGUGCAUAAUGGAUUUGUUUUUAGAGGAGCUUGUAAGUAAACAGACUGAUCAAUCUGGAGUUGUAAAUGGUGUUUUUGUGCUACCUCCAUACUGUAUAGCUGAAAAGAAUGGUUGAGAAUGGUUGUUUUAGCCCUUCUCUGGCUUUAGCUAAAAGCCCCAUUUCUCCUAUAGCAUAAUUUUAUUAUAAAUCUAUUAGCACUACCUGGUUACCCCCUCCUGGAAGCAAUUUAACUUUGGGUAUCAUGCUCAGGCUGGAAAUGCAACAGAACCUCCAGAAUGGAAAUAAAGGAAUAUUGAAUGAAUGAAUUUCUGCAAAGUAGCAAUGACCUCUACAAACCUUAGUUGCUUUUCUUCUGAACAAAUGCAAAACGAGAUGACCU